AUUGCAAUAUUAAAAAUUGUUUGUAAAAAAUAAAAGUAUGGGACGUCUUUUUCAAUACAAUCGCUUUGGCACUACCAACCCAGAACACAGAAGGGAAAAUCCUACCAGCAGCAACUCGAAAACAAAAGAGUCGAGAAGUUAGAAAAUAUCCGGCAUAUUCAGAACUCUAUACGGAAUAUCACAACACUACAAUACCAACAACAUCUACCACAGCAGCAGCAACAGUAACUGUGAAGAGCAUGGACUUGGCGAUUAAAAAGUAUCAACAAUGGAGUAGUAAAUUCCUGCCAACAGCAACAACAAAUUUAGAUGUCAGUCAAGCAUCUUGCAACUCAUCUCCAACAGCCACAACGACAUACUCCUGUACAGUUAGCUCAGGUUAUUACACGCAAAAUACAACAGGCGAAUGCUAUGGUCAGGAACAUGAUAGAGAAGUGCUUGUUAGUUCCACUAAAAGGCCUAAGGUGUAUGAUUGCAUGAAGGAUUUUUUGCGUAAAAAAUUCUUUCAACUUAACAACAGCCACUCCAGCAAUAGCAAUUGCAACAGUGACAGCAACAAUACAACAAACAAGCAACCAAACGACAAUGUCAAAACUGUUGUUAGUGACACAGAUGAAGAAGAUGUAACUAGUGAUUAUGAUGAGCUUGACAUGUUAGACUCAUCAUAUAAUGCCGAUGAAGAGGAAGAGGCGGAUGCUACAGAUUGCAGUUGCAGCUGUAGUAGUAACUCCGAUGAAGAGGCCUGUGCACCACACAUACCAAAGCUAAGCACACAAAAAUCCUCAAACAGCCCACAAAAAUCUGCGCUCUCACUCAACUGUUGGCAAAGUAACAAUUGCAGUUCAACUGAAACGGAAGAAUCAGCCGCACAAACGGAUGAGUCCGAUGCUGGCAUUUCGGAUUGUUGCCAAUUGAUUAGUGAAAAGAGUCCGAAACGUCGCAGUCCAAAAAAAUCACCCACGAAAUAUCAACAAUAUCGAUACAAUAUCGACGAUGAUGAUUUACCUGAACUAAUGGAAAGCAAUUGGUAUCAACCACGCAUAACCACUAAAGCAGCUUUGGAGCGCUUGCAGUUGGCAACACCUGGCACUUUCUUAGUGCGUCGCAAGUCGCGCACUUUUGAACUAUGUUUACGUGUAGAAACGAAAGUCAAAUUUUUCACUGUGAUAUCAACUGAUGAUAACUACAAGUUGAAAGGCGCUAAAAAGGAGUUUACUACACUCAAAGCCUUGGUUACGCAUCAUUCCGUAAUGGCGGAACAAUUGCCGGUAACCCUAAGACUACCGCGUACGAAGCAACAACUCGGGCGCUGUGCUGAUGACUUUGACACAUUUGAAUCCUUGCAAAUUUUAGGCAUUCUACAAAAUUUACAAACAAAGAGCAUGGAAUUCGCGUGAACCGAAGAUACUCUGGUACUGCACCCGGAGAAUGGUUAUACAUGAGAUUUAUAAAUUAAAAAUUAGCUGAAGAGGUUGUGCUGGUCAAAGUUUCAGUAAAUCAAAUGCAAUUCUACAAGUCAACGAAUUCUUAACCACAUUUUUAGAAUUAAUAAUUAAUUAAUACU